ACCCAUAAAGCAACUUCUUUGUUAAGUAUCGUCUCCCUUCCCUUCUCUCUUUGUUCUUUACCGUAAACGUUUUACCUUUUUUUAACACUCGGCUCACGAGUCUCGACGCCCUAUAAUCGUAAAUUAUCUCCAACUCCCCGUCUGAAAAUCCUGUUGGAGAAGCCGAGAAGGUAUAAUCGCGACUCGCGAGCAGCCGAUUAUUGUUCUCGUCUCAAAAUUUAAAUUAGCUUCUGUUGUUUCUUUCGAUUCAUUGAGAUCCCAUUGCAAUCGCUGUUCGAGUGAGAGAAUGUUCUGGUUCUAGGGUUUUCUGGAACAAAACUAGGGUUUUGAACUUUUGAUUACUGGAAAGAGCAUUUGCGAUUGGGUAGCAGAUUAAGCUUUUGUUGAGGAGAAAUCUAUAACGUAUUUAGCUUUUAACAUUCAUCCGGAAAGAGACGGAGUCACGGAGAGUCGGAGGAAGGUUGGAACUCUGAUUUGAUGGAGGCUACGGCCGGGGUCGCCGCUGGUCGCGGCGGCGGUUCAUUGCCGAUGCCGACUUCUCAGUCUGCAAGGAAAGAAUGGCGAGCUGUUUCGGAAAAUUCGGUUCGGAACGCAGGGAAUGAGGAUGUAGUGGUAGGACAGGAGAUGGAGCGCUCGAAGUUGGCGCAGUCGGAAGAGAGAACGAUUUAUGAGGUGCAGCAGGGAGCAGGACCACUUGAUGUCGACUUCUGUUCGAUAACGAUGGACGGAGGCCUCGAUCACGACAUACUACAGCAACGCCUUCAUAGUAUCUCCAGACAGAGAGAAGAGCUUCAACAGAUAGAGAUCGAGCUUAAAGCUCAGGUUAUCACUAGAUCGGAGAUAAUGGAUAUACAGAACAACUUUGAUGCUCAGAUCAAAGAACAUGUUAAUGCUGCUGCCAAACUAAAGGAACAACUGCAAGAAAGGGAGCAAAACAUUCAUGAGUUGGAAGCUAAGAUGGAAGAGAGAGAAAGAGAGCUGCGUGCAAUUAAAAUUGACAAUGAAGCGGCGUGGGCUAAGGAGGACCUUCUUAGAGAACAAAACAAAGAGUUGGCAACCAUUCGAAGAGAGCGGGAGAAUUUUGAAGCUGAAAGAGCACAGCAUCUCAAACAAAUACAUGAGCUUCAAGAGCAUAUUCAAGAAAAAGAUCGGCAGCUUCUUGAGUUGGAGGAACAGAAUAGGGGUGCACAGGAAGCUAUUCUUUAUAAAGAUGAACAAUUAAGGGAGGCUCAAGCUUGGAUGGCACGUGUUCAGGAAAUGGAUGCCUUGCAAUCAACAACAAAUCAUUCCUUACAAACUGAGCUGAGAGAACGUACCGAACAAUUUAACCAGAUUUGGCUCGAUUGUCAAAGACAGUUUGCAGAUAUUGAGCGAAUGCGUUUGCACACCAUACAACAGCUUCAGUUAGAAUUGGCUGCGGCGAGAGAACGGAGUGGAAUUUAUAAUGAUGAAUCACGGAUGGCUCAUGCAGCUACAAAUGAUGCAUCUCCAUUUGGACAGAACAGAGGAAAUCAACUCAAUGUAAAUGAAAGUGGAACGUUAAAUGGUAAUCCUGGAGCUCCACCAAAUGGAAACGUAGAUAAUGUCGCUCCUUUUGUUGCAACUGGGAAUUCAUCUACCAUGAAUGAUCAUAUCCCUGGAGUUCCGGUUGUCCCAUCUUCGCUUCUUGGGAUGGGAACCUACCUUCCACCUGGACAGAUGACAGCGCUGCAUCCUUUUAUCAUGCAUCAACAAGGUGUUCCACAGUCUGUACCAUCAACUGAAUCACACGUGCCUCAAUCUAAUGUAAACCAUUUUCUGCCAGUGUCCACAAUGUCAUCCCAUCCACACUGGCAGGAUCAGCAGGCUGUAUCUGAGGGUUCAGAGAUGUCAACUCAGAACCAAUAUCGGCCAUCCCAAACAGAACAGAACCUUUUGAGGCCUGAUGCUCGUUACGAGUAUGAACUUACUGGAAAUGCUCAAGUUCUCCAUUCAGACUAUCUGGACACUCAUAUCAGCUCAAACCAGGAGACUGGUUCUGGCAUCACUUCAUCCAGUGAGGAAGCACAGGUUAUUGAAUCAAGUGAUAAAGGUUACUUGUUGAUGCAACAACCGCAGCACUCACAAGAAAGCUCUUCCCAGUUUCAUGAUGCGUCAACAUUGGAACUUCCUGAACAGAAGAACGAGACCAAGGAUGAGAGCAUCACAGAAGCCAACCAUUCACAUGAUAGUAAGAGUACAGCUGUAGAACAAUCAUGGUCAGCAGUUCAGACAUCACCAUCAGAUACCCCAUGCUACCCUGUUGAUUCGACUGAAACCACAGAGUUCCAUAUGGUUCUGCCUGGACCUUCCAUCUCUGCUGGACGGGCCUCAAAUUCGCUGACACCAGGAAAGAUUUCUGAACUUACUCUUCUAGAUGAAAAAUCACUGUUAGCUUGCAUUGUUCGUGCGAUUCCUGCUGGAUCUGGUGGCAGAAUUAGAAUUAGUUCAACUCUACCAAAUAGACUUGGAAAGAUGCUAGCUCCUCUUCAUUGGCAUGAUUAUAAGAAAAAAUACGGAAAGCUUGAUGACUUUGUGGCUGGUCAUCCUGAAUUAUUUGUAAUUGAAGGGGACUUCAUUCAGCUUCGUGAAGGAGCACAAGAAAUCAUUUCAGCUACUGCUGCUGUUGCCAAAGUGGCUGCUGCAGCUGCAGUUACUGCUCCUUAUUCAUCACUGUUGCCCGCUGUGGCUGUUACUCCUAUGGCGCAGACUCAUCGUUUAAAGAAGGUUCAAUCCAUUGACGCCAAGCCUGUGAAGGCUGUUUCAACAGAGACUACUAUUACAACUCCUGCAGAUGUGUCCAACAAGCCUUCGCAACAUUUAACCAUGCAGAAUCAGCAUUCAAAUGGUGGCAGUUUUAACAUUGUUCAAGGUCUUUCAAAUGUAAAAAUUUUGAGCAAACCUAAAGAUGGCCAGGAAUCAAAUGGCUUUCAAUCUGAGAUUAGGGCUGGCCAUUCUUCUGUGCAUUUAUCAGCUGGAAAUGGAGCAAAUCCUGAAAGAACAGUCUUAGCUAGCUUUCCAAACAAAGGGUCAAGUAAUGGGAGACAUGGCACCAAUUUUGGAGGGAAACAGCAGGGAAGGGCAACUGCUGCUGCCUUGACAUCUAGAAGAUAGAACCAAAUUAGAUGCUAUGAAGACAUUCAUUAUUUAUAAUGGAACUCAGUCAUCCACUGCUUGUUUGGAUUGGCGGAAAAGUGUUUUGGGAUGACAAAAUUUGUGGGGUUGAUCUCUUCAGGUUGGAGUUUUUGGCUCUACCGUAGAUUCUUCAUUUUGGCAGGCCUGCUGGUUAAUUUUUAUCCUCUUCUAUGGAAGGGUAUUUUAAUCUUCAUUUUGAGAUGGCCAGCUGGUUAAUUGUUUUAUCUUUAACUUAUAAAAGAUGUUUUUUCUUUUGUUUCUGCCUUUUCUUCUGGGAUAUAUGCUGAUUUUGUUAAGGGGGGAAAAAUGGGGACGGUCACGGAGACUGGAGUCUUAUAAUCUUAUUUAAGGAACAAAUCCCUCCACCCCUCUUGCUCCCCUAAAAGAGAUCCUUAAUAUGAAAGACUUUUUUGUCA